AUGGCAAGCAAGGGACAGCUCCCAACGGCUGAUGAAGUGCUGCGCUACAUUCAGCGCCACAUUGACGAAAAUGGUGGCAUCGAGGACAAAGACGAACGCGACGCGCUUCUGCGCGGUGGUCUCUUGGUUCCGAAGUACACGCAAGGUCUCAGAGAGGACGAGAUCAAGGAGAUGGUGACAAAGCUGCGCCGUAAGCUCUCGUCCGUCUGCUCUAGUCAUUGCAUCUCCGAGGUCGUGGAGGUCAAGUGGCAUAAGCAGGAGAUCAAGAGCAAAUUCGGGCUGGAAGAUCUCUUCCUCCAGGGACCUAACAAGGUCUUCCCACGCGAAUUUCUCAAGAAGAGGGGCAUCGAACUAGGAAAUGAGUCCGAGGAGGAGUCGGAAGAGGAGGAGCAAAACGCGAGCACACCCGACAAACAGCAUUUGACCAGAGGCAACAAGCGCGGAGCAGAGGAUCCGCCAUCCGACAUGCGCAAACGACAGAAGAGUUCGGAUAGCGGCAUCGCCACACCUUCGAAAGCCGCAGCCAGAGCCUUCCCAGCUGGCAAACUGCCAAUUCGCGGCGCCACUCCGAGUUCUUCCCGGACUGCAAGCAACGGAGUCACCGCCGUUUCGCAGGCCGAUCGACUUGCGAUCCGUAAAGGCUGGGCCAUAGAGGCGGAUGUGCGCGAAGAGCCCGUAGUCCUUCCCACGAAGAAGCCAGUCAACCCGGCCGAGAUCCUUCCCGCUAGCGAUCAGGGCUGGGUUAAGCAGCAAAUGGAGGACAUCUAUCAGGACAUCUGGAACGCAACACUGGCGGUCUUCCAAGAAUACAAGAUCGACGAGAACGCUACGCCAGACUUCAUGCCCGAGCCAGGCCCCGAGCUACUCGAGCUUUACGACACGCUCUUCAACACUCCAGAGUGGAAGAAGGUCUGGUUUGAGCUCCGCAUGGAAGAAAAGGCCAAGAACAUCUCGCAAGAGUACGCCAUAUUAGCUCUUCAGGGAGCUGCCAUCUUCAAAUGGGUCUUUCAGAAAGAGCUUGCGUGGGAUAUGAGCAAAGAGGUCACAGAAGCUCUGGGAGAGACUGCCACAGAACUGCUCGGAAGAGUCAUUUCCGAUCUCGGUCACGAUUUCAAGACCGUCCUCAAGUACGCUACCGGCAAACAAAUCGUCGACGAAAGCUUCCGGGAGCAAAAAGUGGCGGUUCGCGCUCAGGAGAUGGCCGAAUCUCUCGCUCUCAUAUUGCUGCCUCAUCUGGAGCGCGCAGCCAAGGCCGAGCGAGCAGCAGAUUCCGUCAGAUACGACCCGUGGAUCGAGUCUGUGAAAGAAGCAUUUCAGAAGGCGAUCAUCAUGAGGCAGACUCUCCACGUGUCGAAAUUGGGUCCCUUCCAUUACAUCUGGGCAAGACCAGAGGAGAAGUUCGUCGAAGAGUUCCACCAGCCAGUGCACCCGGAGCACGGCGUCAGACAUGUCAUGACUCCCGUGUUGCCUGGAGUGGUGAGGCUGACGUCCGAGAGACCCAUCGUCUACCACAAGAUCAAGGUCGUGCCUAUGGCCACCGCGGGCUAG